AGAUAGACAAAGACAGAGAUAGAGACAGAGAGAGAGCGAGAGAGAGAGAGAGUGAGAGAGAGAGAGUGAGAGAGGAACAGAGUGGAUGAGAGAGAGAAACAAAAAGAAACAGGGAGACUGAUAAAGUAUGAAGAGGAAGGAAAGCAAGAGAGAGAUACUGUAGUUUGAAGUGGAACAAAAGUUUUAAUUUGAAUUUUAGAGGGAAAUACAAGAGAGAGAGAGAUAGAGAGAGAGAAGGAAAGAGAGAGAAACACACUAAGGGGUGUGUCAUAGCAAUUUAGUUCCUCAAGGAAGUACAAACUGACAUUUAUUUUGAGACGGUGGCGAGCAGCACAGAUAGACGAGACACAGAGGGAUUUUAUUUUCACCUGGUAAGAUGAAGGGAUUCCAUUAACGCGUGCUCAAUGCUGACAACCUGAGCCGCGUGCCGUGGGGACUGAGACGUUUGACACGAAGGAGGGAGGGGAGGACUCUCUCAGGCAUACACAGGUAAGGAUGGAGUCGUUCAGUUCCAAGGAUAUGGCCAUGCAGGCCCAGAAGAAGAUCCUCAGCCACAUGGCCAACAAGUCUGUGGUCCAUAUGUUCAUAGACGACACCAGUAGUGAGAUCCUGGACGAGCUCUACCGAGUUUCCAAAGAGUAUUCAGGCAACCGCUCAGAGGCCCAGAAGGUGGUGAAGGACCUGAUCAAGAUAGCAGUGAAGAUUGGCGUGCUGUUCAGACACAACCGUUUCAGCCCAGAGGAGCUGAGUCUGGCCCAGGACUUCAAGAAGAAGCUGCAUCAAGGAGCCAUGACAGCCAUCAGCUUCUAUGAGGUGGAGUUCACCUUUGACAAGACAGUAAUGUCGGAGAUCCUGACAGGAUGCAGAGAUCUGCUGUUGAAGCUAGUCGACUCCCACCUCACACCCAAAUCCCAUGGUCGCAUCAACCAUGUAUUCAACCAUUACUCCGAUCCAGAGCUUCUGACCCAGCUGUACAACCCUGACGGACCCUUUAAACCCAACCUCACCAAAAUCUGCACUGGCCUCAACCGUCUGCUGGAGGAGGGGACAUUAUGAGAGUGUGAGCAAGUCUAUGACUGUGAGAGAGACACUGGAAGAUCUGCUUAAAGGGGUCUGCUUAGAACUCAAGAGAGGACUGUGUGUAAGGACAGGAAGUGUCCAUGCUCUAAAUGAGAACUGGUGAGAUUUGUGACUCAAGUUUUACUUGAUGUAGUCACUCACUGAUCUGUUAUUUUCCAUAAAGGGUACUGCCCAAAGUGGAAAAAAUAUGAGAAUACGCAGGAUGGUGUAAAGUUAAUGUCUCCUGAUUAAUUGUGUCUCAACGAAUGGAGUUCCUGGAAAGUCAGGAUUAGGUUAAGAUUGUGUCAACCACCUGAUUUCUAUACAGUGGAAUUUCCGUCCAUGGUUUCACAUUCUCAUUUACUACUAUUCUAUUUUCUUGGUUGUUUUUUUUCCUCUCACUCUCUCAACAUAUGUACUGUAUAGGGAAAGAGAAACCUCAAGGAUUGCACAAUACUGACUGACAGAAUGAAAACAAGGGUUAAAAGCAAGAGGUGAAAUAUAAAAGAAUAGAGUACUACAAUCUAGUGGUCCAGCUGGCAAUGACUCAGUACUGCAUGUAUCAAAGAAAAAACAGAAGCUUAUAUACAAAAACAGUGCACAUCUACAGUGGAUACAAGACAGCAAUUUUAUAAGACCCAAAGAGAAACUGGAUUGGAAUAUUUAAGAACUGGCUAUAAAAUAAUUCUGCUUUAUUUGGGCCUUGUACAUCAUAGGAUUGGAAAAAAAUAAAAUGCCUUGUAAAUUGGUA